CUGGAACCAGGCAUUGCGUCUACUAUUUGCGCCUUGACCAUACUAACUAGCGUAGAGUUUCUCUGCUAGAUUCAUCUCGCGCUGCUCCUUGUGCAAUCGAUUAUUAUUAUUAUUGGGACAUUAUCAUUUGUAAUUCUAAAUAACCCUUUCCGGGAGAGUCAACCUGUCCGCACCACAAUGGCUCAUAGUCAACAUGAAUCCCUAGACAUGGACGAGGAGCCCCGAAACCCUUACGCAUCGGCUAGCAGGUGGCAUCAUCAAGAAUCGACCGCCUUCGCCCGUGCCGCCGUCGCCCGAGACGCCCAUUCGAGUGGGAACUCGAAGGACCUAUCCGACUUUUUCAAUGCCUCCAGAGUCGAGCCUAGCAGACCGACAACCAACGGCACUGGCAAUGCAGCUGCCUACCAACCCAUUGUCAUUGGUGGUACCGAUGGCCAAACCGACGACACCGCCCUCAAUGACGGGAAAGAAGUGAUCUGUGGCCCAUUACUGAACUAUAGGCGCAUGGAGGGCAAUGCAUGGUAUGGAAGUGUGUUGAUAGUCACAAAGGGCGGCGGCAAGACACAGGAAUUCCAGCCUACGCUGCAUCUCGGCCGCGUCGAGUUGGCGAACGAUCAACCCGGCUUCGUGUCGGACAGCACAUCUGCCAACGCUGCACCUACGAACAGCGCGGAUCAGAUCCGGAGCGACCACGGAAUUGACAUCGCCGGGAGCUGUCUUUAUUCUGAUCCUCGGGUCACCUUCUGGAGCUUCAACCUGACUUGUGACAUGGGUACCACCGAGACCAAAUGGGCCUAUUCUAUCUCCGAUGUGCGAUACGAGAGCGCCACGAAACCCAAGACCAACUACUUCUUUGUUCCCGCUCUCGACGAGUCAAUGCGUAUCAUGUUUCACUCCUGCAAUGGAUUCAGUGUAGGAACAGACGAGGAUGCUUGGAGCGGGCCUGCUCUUUGGAACGACGUGGUAAGAAACCAUGCCAAGACACCUUUCCAUGUCAUGAUCGGUGGUGGCGACCAAAUCUACAAUGACGGGAUCAGAGUUUCGGGGCCACUUCGCGAAUGGACCGCAAUCGGGAACCCUAAGAAGCGCCGAGACUACCCCUUCCCCGAGACUUUGAGGAAGGCUUGCGAUGACUACUAUCUGAAUAACUAUAUACGAUGGUAUUCUACCGAAUCAUUUGCUACGAUGAAUGGCCAAAUACCGCAACUCAACAUCUGGGAUGAUCACGAUAUCAUUGAUGGGUUUGGCUCCUAUGUCGACGACUUCAUGAAGUGCGACGUAUUUCGAGGCAUCGGCGGCACCGCACAUAAAUACUAUAUGCUAUUCCAGCAUCACCUCGCACCACCAGCCUCCACGUAUACCACCGAUUCACCCCAGACAAUGGAGUUCGGCGGACCGGAGGACGGCGCACAACUCAUGGAUACCUAUGUGAAGCCGAAAUCAGAAGUUGAACCUUGCUAUAUCAUUGGUGCUAAACCUGGGCCAUAUGUGGCAGAGCAUUCUAUGAAUAUGUUUGCGAAGCUCGGCGCACGAAUCGCGUUCAUGGGCAUUGAUGCACGCACUGAACGCACGAGACACCAGGUCAACUAUCCCGAGACCUACGAUUUAAUUUUCAGCCGCGUGCAAAACGAACUCGCCACGGCCGCCGAUGCUGGUCGUCCUUUUAGACAUCUGAUAUUACUACUAGGAAUUCCGAUUGCUUACCCGCGGUUGACCUGGCUUGAGAACAUCUUCUCAAGCCCAGUUAUUGCGCCAAUCAAGUUCAUGAACCGAAGAUUCGGCUUUGGUGGUGGUGUGUUCAACCACUUCGAUGGAAGCGUUGACCUUCUCGAUGACUUGGAUGACCAUUACACGGCUAGAACCCACAAGAAAGAAAGGAAUACGCUCAUCGAGCGACUACAAGGCCUGUGUGCAGAAUUUUCUGUCCGUCUCACCAUCCUGGGUGGUGACGUUCAUCUGGCAGCUCUUGGACGAUUCUAUUCAAACCCCAACCUCCAUAUUCCCGCCGAGGAAGAUCACCGCUACAUAGUCAAUGUUGUAUCUUCGGCUAUUGUGAACAAGCCUCCGCCAGCUGCUAUUGCCAACUUGCUCGCCAGCCGCAACAAGAUACACCACUUGAAUGCGGACACUGAUGAGACUCUAAUGGAACUCUUCAACAAGGAUCCCGGUAACUCGAGCAAAACAAGAAACUCCAACCAUGUCACGAUGCCCAGUCGGAACUAUGCCAUACUCACAGAAAACUCGCCCAACAAUCGCGUUGUUGCCAAUGGACAACAAGAAGCCGCGCCGGCAAACGCAUUCGACGGUAAAGAUGGACAUGCCUUUUUACAUGCUGGUGAGGAUGGUGCUGGUACACAGCACAAGGCUGCGAAUCCAGAGACGCACGGCAAGAACAACGAUGGAUCACUAGAUUGCUGCAUACGCAUAGAGGUUGACCAGCACGACAAGGAGGGCAAAACAGAGCCUUAUGGCCUCACCAUUCCAGCACUCAACUACGAGCCGGGAAAGUAUGGAAGUAACAUACACCACCGUCCGGGGCUUAGACACAUCCGCAGCCGACCUGGUACCGGAGGCACUAGCACGGCACCGCCAAGCACUCGAUCCGCGCCGGGACCAGAAACUACCCACUAGGAGAUGGUUAGGAAAAUGGUCGGACUCGAAUGCCUCCCUUCGUGUGUUUCGGGAUGAGGUGAAGCACAUGCGAUUCAUUGUGGCCGGUUUCAUGCCUCCCUCCUAUACCCCUCGUAAAUAUAUAUCUAAUUCGAUGCGCAAGAGUAAUGAAAGGGAGGGAGAGAAAAAAAAAAAGAGAAGAGAAGGAACACUUGUAACUUUUUGUUAUGUCAAGACGGCUCAAUGAUAAUACCCAUACAACUGUUUAGAUAAGACGCGGUGUGCCUGUGAUGGAGCAGUGCGUUUAUGACAUGCUCUAAUUGGUCCUCAA